GUUCAAACGGACGUUUUCACCAAAAUUUCACAAAUUCUAAAGUCCGGACCCGUAAUGGUUGCAUCUUAAAGUGCCCAAAAUGGGAAAAGGGUCGGUGCCAUUAUGCUAUCUUCCCCGAUCCCGUCGGAUUCGCUUUUAUCGUGCUGGGCUGAUUCAGAUUUUUGUGAAAUCGCCUGAUUGCUCAGCAGUUUUGAAUCCCGUAGACCGUGGUAUAUUAUACCUCAAGGCCCCUGGCGCAACCCUUUUCCUUGUAGAGUUUCCAUAUCUCGAUAUUUCUAAUCACUAAUCUAGCGAUCGCAAGGAUUGUCUCUUUCGAUUCUGUCUAUACCAUCUGUUUAAUAGACCAACAGUUUUCAACGACAACUGACUAUAUUCAUCUAAGCCGGCGAAUCCAACCAAACCGUAUCAACAUGGCCGACGAGAAGUCGGGCGAGAGGGGGGCAGUCGAGCACUCGCUCCCAACCCGAAUCCCAUUCUGGAGAAAGGUUGUCGACCAGGCUGGAAUCACGGAAUCAGUUAUGAACCAUCCUUACCCUGGCUCAGGCACAGCUGAGGACCCAUACACGGUGAUAUGGAUUCCAGGCGACGAGAGAAACCCUCAAAACUUCAGUGCGGGUACAAAGUGGUCCAUCACCUUCGUUGUGGCCCUCGCGACACUCGCAGUCGCUCUGGUGUCCUCUGCGUACACCGGUGGACUGAAACAAAUUAUCAUGGAGUUCGGCAUCAGCCAAGAAUUAUCGGUGCUGGGUGUAUCGCUUUUCGUUGUUGGUUUCGCGGUUGGCCCGCUUUUGUGGGCGCCGCUGAGUGAGGUAUUCGGCCGACAAAUCCUUUUCUUUGUGACGUAUGCAGCCUUGACUGCUUUCAACGCUGGCUGUGCCGGUGCUCAGAAUUCGUGGUCCCUCAUCAUCCUGCGAUUCUUUGCUGGCGCUUUCGGCUCUUCACCUCUGACCAAUGCGGGAGGCGUCAUUGCAGAUAUGUUCUCAGCGGCCGAGCGUGGCCUAGCAACAAGUCUUUUUGCCGCCGCUCCUUUCCUGGGACCAGUUCUCGGCCCUAUCAUUGGUGGUUUUCUGGGAGAAUCCGCAGGUUGGCGAUGGGUCAUGGGUUUCCUUGCAGCUUUCUCGGGUCUCUUCUGGAUCGUCGGCACGCUCUUCGUGCCCGAGACCUACGCACCCGUGCUUCUGCGCAAACGUGCCGCAAAGAUGUCGCAGCUUACCGGCAAGCACUACGUUAGCAAGAUUGAUGCUGAUCGUGGCAAGGUUACUCUAGGACAAUCGCUCAAGACUGCCUUGUCACGCCCAUGGAUCCUGCUUUUCAGAGAGCCGAUCGUGCUGUUGCUGUCCAUCUACAUGGCCAUCAUCUACGGAACGCUAUAUAUGCUUUUCGCUGCCUUCCCCAUUGUUUACCAGCAGUACAGAGGCUGGAGUCAGGGUAUUGGUGGACUCGCCUUCCUUGGAAUUAUGGUGGGCAUGGUCUUCUCUGUCACCUACAGCAUCUUCGACAACAAGCGCUACAUCAAGACCGAGCAAAAGCACAACGGUUUCGCACCUCCUGAGGCCCGUCUCCCACCUGCCAUGAUCGGCUCUAUUGCACUUCCCAUCGGACUGUUCUGGUUCGCGUGGACCAACUACCCUUCCAUUCACUGGAUGGCUAGUAUUGCCGCAGGUGUGCCCUUCGGAUUCGGCAUGGUGCUAGUAUUCCUCAGUAUCCUAAACUACCUCAUCGACUCCUAUACAAUCUUCGCCGCCUCCGUCCUGGCAGCUAACGCCGUCCUUCGUUCUCUUUUCGGAGCUGCCUUCCCACUUUUCACCACCUACAUGUACAAAGACCUCGGUAUUCACUGGGCUUCGACGAUUCCGGCUUUCUUGGCUCUGAUCUGCGUGCCCUUCCCAUUCCUCUUCUACAAGUAUGGUCCGGCCAUCCGCCAGAGAUGUCACUACGCCGCGGAGUCUGAAGCGUUCAUGCGCAAGCUCAAGCAAGAGGAGCAGGAUGAAGCAAACUACCAGGGCCCAACUUCCGGUAGCGACGAUGAGGAGGAGGAGCACGAAGGUUCGGAGAACACUCUCACGCCAUCUCAAUCGGCUGCUGGACACUCUACCAGAAGAUCCUCGCUAGCGCGUGUGCAAAGCCACACGCUGCGGAGAUAUGAAAGCAAUCCUUAUGAUGUUGACAGAGUUAACACCAAGGACGAGGAUUUUGCUGUGAGGCCGAAGUCUAGAGCCUCGAAAGUCUAACGGUAUUUGGACUGGUGAUCUGGGAUAGAAUUGAUUCCUGUUUGGUUUUUUACUCUACGCAUUGGAUGCACAGCGAAGGCGUCGAUCUGAUUUAGCAUGUGGGCAUUUGGGGUGAUGUUUUAUACCAUCAAAAGUUGUGAUUUUUAUAGAUAUACCAUACCACUUAAUUAAAUCAUCAGUAUUCACUGAAUGGUCUUUCUGAAAAACAACUGGGAUAGGUCUGAUCCUCGUUCAGAUACACAUGCAAUGGAUUCCCUCUGCGUUUUGUACAGUCACGUUUCAGUCAUAUGGAGUAAUUUUAGGAACAAAGAACACGAUCUUCAUCACUGGCUCAUUGUAGCGAACUUGGCACUGGAUAAUAGAUAGCUCAGGGUGGUAUUUAGCGUGAUUGUCCACCAUCCCCAAUGUAAUAUAUUUGCA